AUGACUGGCCGUGGAAAGGGUGGCAAGGGCCUCGGCAAGGGCGGUGCCAAGCGUCACCGAAAGAUUCUUCGUGACAACAUUCAGGGCAUCACCAAGCCUGCUAUCCGACGUCUCGCUCGUCGUGGUGGUGUCAAGCGUAUCUCUGCCAUGAUCUACGAGGAGACCCGCGGUGUUCUCAAGUCCUUCCUCGAGGGCGUCAUCCGCGAUGCCGUCACCUACACUGAGCACGCCAAGCGCAAGACCGUCACCUCGCUGGACGUUGUCUACGCUCUCAAGCGACAGGGCCGCACCCUCUACGGUUUCGGUGGUUAG